GGUGAGGCUGUUAAGACAUCAGCAGAAGUGAAAGAAUGAAGGUGUGUACUUGUGUCUGUGUGUGUGGGGGGGGGGUGCACGAGGGAGGCAGGGGAAGGAGACACAGAGGACGUCUGAGUCAGUCUUCUGUCGGAGCGCAGACGGAGAGGACCAUGCUGCGCGUAGCCCUCCUUCCCCACCAGCUCCACAGCCUCCUCCAUCCAUCCACGAACCCCGCCGAGCCCAGCUGAGGAACAAUGUUCUCCAAUGGCACCACCAACUCCACAGAGGACUACUCCGUCGUGCGCUUUUACGUCUCCACCGCCUCCUUCUCGCUGCUCCUCUUCUUCAACCUCAUCAUCAACUGGACCAUCGUGCGCGCGGGGAGCCUGCGCGGCCAGGCCCGCUUCGUGCUGAUCUUCCACCUGCUGGUGUCCGCGCUGGUCCACAUGGGCACCAACAGCGUCUUCUACUACCAGAUCCACGUGAGCGCGCGGCCCAGCCCCCCCGCGUGCCGGGCGAUGAUCACCCUGCUGAUCAGCAGCGCCUCCAACAUCCUGCUGACGCUCACCGUCAUGGCCCUGGACCGCUUCUGCGCCGUGUGCCACCCGCUGCGCUACAGCGCCUCCUUCGCGGCGGGCCGCUGGCCCUGGCUGCUGGGGCUGCUCACCUGGACGGUGGCGCUGCUGAUCCCGCUCAGCCUGCUGGCGCAGCCGAGGACGACGCACGACCCGCCAGAGGACGGCUCGUGCGGGAAGGAGCAGCUGACGGGAGGCAAGCGCGAGAAGAUGGUCUUCAUCAGCGCGUGCACGCUGGUCAUCCUCUACACGUACGUGCGGAUUCUGCGGGAGGGGAGGCGGCUCGGGGUGCUGAACCGGCGCAACCGGGCCGGAUGCAGAACCAUCGCGCUGCACGGCACCCAGCUGGCUCUGUGCAUCCUCCCCAACUUUGUGAACUUCGUGCUGGGAACUCUGAGACAGCACAAACUCAUCCAACAGAAAACCAAGGACCUGUCCGCCGUGGUGGUCUUCGCCUUCUUCAGCUUGGCGCAGUGCAUUGCGGCGGUUGUUUACGGAUUGCGCAAAGAGGAACUCCUGGAGCAUCUGGAUCACAGGUUCCCCUGCUGUUCCCGCUAUCUGAAGGCUGUCCUGGGGUGGACCGUGCGCGCCAACUGGUCACAAGCGCAACACAGAUCAAGGGAGCGAACGCUGACGACUCUCACCAUCAUCUCCGAGGAGAUCACACACGUAGACAGAGACGAGGACGAGGAGGAAACAGUCGUAGCCGGUCAGCCGUCCCUCACAUGACUCCCUUUCAUGCUAAGGAAUCACAGUCGAUGCCUCAUGGGAAAACAUGAACUAUCAGUGGAAUAUCUGGAUACGGACCACGUUGGGACUGGGACCUUUUGUCUUUUAUUGUAAUUAUUAACUUGGUCCCUCCUGUGGACUUUUUAUUGUAAAUAUUUAAAUUAUUGAUGUGAUAAGAUGUAUUGGCAAGAGUUUGGCGAUACUCUUUGUGUCCCAAGAGAGUACCAGACAAUAUUUCACUAUUUUUUUAAAUUAUGACUUCAGAAUUAUCUUAAUAUUUUUAAUUUUUCACAAAAGUAAAAUUGUAAAAUACAUGUUAUUUAAUUAUCUAAACAUAAAGCAUUGCAACUGUAUCUCAUGUACAAUUUGCUUUUACCCACAAAAAUUCACAGUGCUUUUAUUUUGGUAAUUUAAGGAACGAUUAAGUGGAAAACAAAAGUAAGGUCCAAUCUGAAUUCUUCACCCUUUCCCUUCCUGUUCUUUUAGCCCUCCAAACUUAGAGUUAUGGGAAAAUUGUGUCUCAGAAUUCAGACGUCAGUGUUGUUCGAUCUCACAAAUAAUAGCCGGUCUGUUACCGGUCAGAUUAAAAAUACAUUUCCAGACACACUAAAAUGCUCCUUCAAAUGGAAGGAAAGAGAGAAGGAAAGAAUUCAGAUUGAACUACUCGUUUGCUUUUAAAUAAUUCAUAAAUAUCUCCUUAACAGUAUUUUAAAUCAAGUAUCGCCUCAUAAAAUAUCGCGAUAUUUCACUGUAUCGAUAUUUUCUUGCACCCCAAAUUCAAACCCAAUAAAAUCGUGGCACUCGUAGGAUUUAUUAAGCCUGAAACGACGGAGAAUGUUCAGAAAAAUCUACUGUGAAGCUGAGCUGACAAUGCAAGUAGUCUUUCAGACAAUUUUGUUCCCUUUUUUUCUUUUUUUUUCAGAUGUUUUUUUCCUCUUUCAGAAACACUGCAUAGAAAAAUGUCCUAAACGGAGUGUUUGUCGCAAAGUUCUGGGAACUCCGAGAACCACAACUACCUAAAUUUGCAGUUUCUAUUUCUGCAUUUCUUCUUUUAGGCAGCUAUGCUAAACGGCACGUAUUGAAUUGAAUGUUGCUUCAUUUGCAUUGGACUCUUUGAGCUGCAUGUAUUAUAUAACCUGCUGUAAAAAUAAAUUAUUGCCUUUUGCAUGAAGAAGACAAAGUUUCUGAGCUUUAACUGAAGAUUUUAUUUAAAAAAAA